AUGCGACGGCUGGGUCUCAGCAGCGACUAUGCACGCCCCGAGUGGAUGGUCCUUACCGUGCUUCCUGUCCCACCGCCUCCCGUGCGCCCAAGCAUAUCCGUUGACGGGACGGGUCAGGGCAUGCGCGGCGAAGACGAUCUGACCUACAAGCUUGGCGACAUCAUCCGUGCGAACGGCAACGUACGGCGUGCGGAACUGGAAGGAUCACCCCAACACGUAGUCAACGAGUACAAAGAUCUUCUGCAAUACCAUGUCGCGACGUUCAUGGACAACGACAUUGCCGGAAUACCGCAGGCUCUACAGAAGUCCGGGCGAGCACUCAAGACGAUACGCGGCCGGCUGAAGGGGAAGGAGGGUCGCCUGCGUGGCAAUCUCAUGGGCAAGCGUGUCGACUUCUCUGCUCGGACUGUCAUCACUGGUGAUCCCAACCUCUCGCUGGACGAAGUGGGCGUACCCAGAAGUAUCGCGAGGACGCUCACAUAUCCGGAGACUGUCACACCCUACAACAUUGGCAAGCUGCACCAGCUGGUACGGAACGGGCCGAAUGAACAUCCGGGUGCGAAGUACGUGAUUCGAGAGAACGGCGAGCGCAUCGACCUACGGCACCAUAAGCGUGCUGGUGAGAUCACAUUGCAGUAUGGGUGGAAAGUCGAAAGGCACAUUGUGGAUGGCGACUUCAUCAUCUUCAACCGGCAGCCGUCACUGCACAAGGAGUCCAUGAUGGGCCAUCGUGUCCGAGUGAUGCCAUACUCAACCUUCAGACUGAACCUGUCAGUCACUUCACCCUACAACGCCGACUUCGACGGUGACGAGAUGAAUUUGCAUGUUCCGCAGAGCGAGGAGACUCGUGCCGAGGUCAAAGAGCUCUGUAUGGUACCGCUCAACAUCGUCUCACCUCAGCGGAACGGGCCUCUGAUGGGUAUCGUCCAGGAUACCUUGUGCGGUAUCUACAAGCUGUGUCGCCGAGAUGUUUUCCUAACGAAAGACCAAGUAAUGAAUAUUCUGAUGUGGGUUCCGGACUGGGACGGCACCAUCCCUCAGCCAGCCAUCUUCAAGCCCCGACCUCGAUGGACCGGCAAGCAGAUCGCCAGUUUGGUGUUGCCUGACGGCCUCAAUCUUGUCCGCGGCGGCGACAAGUGUCCUCUGAACGACGACACCCUCCUUAUCCAUGGCGGCGAGCUCAUGUACGGUCUCUUCAGCAAGCCGACCAUUGGCGCCAGCGGCGGCGGCAUCAUCCAUGUAAUUUUCAAUGAGAAAGGCUGGGAGGCAGCUGUCAACUUCUUCAACGGCACGCAGCGGGUCGUAAACUACUGGCUCUUGCACAAUGGCUUCAGUAUUGGUAUCGGUGACACAAUCCCGGAUGCGAAGACCAUUCAGCAAAUACAAGACGCCGUAGGCGAGCAAAAGGAAGAGGUGGAGCGGAUCACAGCCAGCGCCACGGCGAACGAACUCGAAGCGCUUCCCGGCAUGAACGUUCGCGAGACAUUCGAGAGCAAGGUUCAGAAGGCUUUGAACACUGCGCGUGACAACGCUGGCAACAAGACGGAAAAGAGCUUGAAGGAUCUGAACAAUGCCAUUCAGAUGGCUCGGUCAGGGUCAAAGGGCUCCGCCAUCAAUAUCUCUCAGAUGACGGCCGUUGUUGGUCAGCAAUCCGUCGAAGGAAAACGCAUUGGUUUCGGCUUCAACUACCGCACGCUACCUCACUUCACCAAGGACGACUACUCACCAGAGUCCAAAGGUUUCGUGGAGAACUCGUAUCUCCGAGGACUAACACCUAGCGAGUUCUUCUUCCACGCCAUGGCUGGUCGUGAAGGUCUUAUUGAUACCGCCGUCAAGACUGCCGAGACAGGUUACAUCCAGCGUAGAUUAGUCAAGGCACUCGAGGACGUCAUGGCCAAAUACGACGGCACCGUACGCAAUUCUCUAGGCGACAUUGUUCAGUUCGUGUAUGGAGAAGACGGUUUGGACGGCCAAAUCAUUGAGAAGCAGCCUCUCGACGUUAUUGCGUGCUCCACCAAGCAAUUCGAGAAGAAAUUCCGGGUCGACGUGAUGUCGGACGAUCCUGCUCUUGGUCUAUCGCCGGACAUUCUAGAGACAGCUGCUGAUAUCCGUGGAGAUCCUGAUGUACAGCGCCAUCUCGACCAUGAGUGGGAACAGCUGAGCAGGGACCGCGAGUUCCUCCGAGCGGGCAAGAAGGAUGACGAUGAGCAGCUACAGCUCCCUCUGAACAUCAUCCGGAUUAUCGAGACUGCCAAGACCAAAUUCCGGAUCAAAGACGGUGCCAGAAGCGAUCUACAUCCUGCUGACGUUAUACCAAGAGUCCGAGAAAUGCUCGACCGGUUGGUCAUCGUGCGCGGCGAUGAUCCUCUUUCACGAGAAGCUCAAGACAGCGCGACUGGACUGUUCAAGUGUCACCUGAGGUCCCGCCUCGCUUUCAAGCGGCUGGUCAGGGAAUAUUCGCUCAACAAGCUCGCGUUUGAGAAUGUCCUAGGUGACAUCGAGAAUCGCUUCUUGCGGGCUACUGUCAGUCCUGGAGAGAUGGUUGGCGUGCUCGCUGCACAGUCCAUCGGAGAGCCGGCUACACAGAUGACGCUGAACACGUUCCAUUUUGCGGGUGUCUCGUCGAAGAACGUUACUCUUGGCGUUCCCCGCCUCAAGGAGAUUCUCAACGUCGCAAAGAACAUAAAGACACCCUCCAUGACUGUCUAUCAAGACGCAACGUUGGCUGGCAGCCAAGACAGCGCAAAGCACUUGCGAAGCUUGGUAGAGUACACAACGUUGAAAAACGUUGCUGAGGUGUUCGAGAUCUACUAUGACCCGAACAUCGAGAGCACCAUUGUCGAGGCCGACGUAGACAUGGUGGAGUCUUACUUCAUCAUUCCGGAGGACAACGCAGAAGACCCGAGCCUCCAAUCCAAGUGGGUCCUUCGAAUUGUGCUCAAUAGACGCAAAAUGCUCGACAAAGGCAUGACCGUCUCUGAAGUUGCCGGCAAGCUCAAGGACCAUUUCAAGGGCGACAUUGCUAUCAUCUUCAGCGACAACAACGCUGAUGAGCAAGUGAUUCGCAUUCGGAACAUCGCCCGUGACGGACAAAAGCGUGACGAAGAAGAGGAAUUGCAUGUGCUACAGAGUCUUGAAACUUUCAUGCUUUCCUCAGUGGCUCUGCGUGGCGUGGAAAAAGUGGAACGUGCCUUCAUCAACUUCAAGGAGAAGCUCAGAGUCACCGAGAAUGGGUCCUUGUCCAUGUCAAAGAGUGACCCGCUCUGCAAGGAGUGGUUCCUGGACACCAGCGGCACGAACCUGGCCGAUGUCAUCAAGGUCGAAGGGGUCGAUCCUUAUCGGACAUAUUCGAACGCCUUCGAGCAGGUCCUCAUUGUGCUUGGCAUCGAAGCAUGUCGAGCUGCGCUGCUGAGGGAGCUGACGCAGGUGCUGGCUUUCGAUGGCUCAUACGUCAACCACCGUCAUUUGGCUCUCCUUGUUGACAUUAUGACCGCUCGCGGGUAUCUGAUGGCGAUCACGCGCCACGGUAUCAAUCGAGCCGAGACUGGAGCUCUCAUGCGCUGCUCGUUCGAGGAGACCGUCGAGAUCCUCCUGGAAGCUGCGGCAUGCGGCGAGCUUGACGACUGCCGCGGUAUCUCUGAGAAUGUUAUGCUCGGUCAGCUUGCACCUCUGGGGACUGGCGAGCUUGAAGUCAUCCUCGACCAAGACAUGCUCAACACACAAACGACAGACAACGCUCGCUUCAACCUUAUGCCCGGCCUUGCAGUCGCAUCAGGCUACGGCGACGCUGGAGCAGCCACGCCUUAUGAUCUUGGGUCACCAUCGCACGAAGGCGGCUUCGGCGGUCCCGACUACGGCGCCUCGUUCUCGCCCAUUGUCAGCGCAGGCAGUGACGAGACGGGUGGUUUUACAUCCUACAACAAUUUCGAUGGCGGCUUCAGCCCUUAUGCAGGUGCCCGUAGUCCGAGCCAUGGAGCUUUCAGUCCUUUCAGCGGCGGCGCCAGUCCAACGUCACCGUUUGCUGCUUCGCCGUCCUCGCCUCAAUACUCCCCUACAAGCCCGGGCAUAAACAUCACUAGUCCUCGGUAUGGCGGUGUAGGCGGCCCCUCAAGCCCCGAGUACGUCCCGACAAGUCCUGGAUAUUCGCCCACUUCGCCCGGACUCUCUCCCACAUCACCAAGCUAUUCGCCUACAUCACCGAACUACAGCCCGACUUCACCGACCUAUUCUCCGACAUCGCCCGCACAUCAAGCCACCUCGCCCAAGUACUCGCCUACAUCGCCACAAUUCUCGCCCACAUCGCCUGUAUACUCCCCUACGUCUCCACAGGUCAGUGCUGGAUCAGAUCGACGGUCGCCAGGUUCACCAACGAGCCCUAAAUACUCGCCCACGUCGCCAGUCUACAGCCCAACAUCUCCUGCCGGGGGCCCAGGGAGUUACAGCCCUACCUCCCCGACGUACUCGCCGACAAGUCCGGGACCUGCUCCGUACAGUGCGACAUCGCCCAAGUGGAGUCCGACCAGCCCGAACCCGACGUACUCUCCGACAUCGCCUAAAGAAUAG